AUGAACCGGGUUGGGGCUUCUAGAAUGGGCUCUUCUCACCUCCAGAGGCCUACUUCUUCGACAUCGGCUAUCAAUGUUAAGCGCGAGGAGAUCAUAAUAGACAGUGAUAGCGAGCCAGACGUAAUUAUGCUGGAUGGAGACUCAGAUAGCGAUAUUGAAUUUGUUGGAGUAGUGAGCAAACAAAACAGAGCACUGGAUAACGGGAAAAGUAUACCCAUCUUGAAUGGCACCUCCGCCACAUCUAUAAUCCCCUUGGACACACAUUCUAUAACUCAAGAUCUUGGCGUUGACACUGAUGAAGAGUCUCUUCCGGAAGGGUUUGAGCUGUGGGACCCCACAACUCCCGUGAGGUCGACUGUUCCAGCUGUUGCACCCAACCACGAGAUUAUACAAAACGAACAGCCCGAAAUGCAGGGCCACCUUGGCAGGGAGGCUGUCAAAUACAUGGAGACUGCAGUGCUCUAUUCGCGACCAAUGACCCGCAUACCUGGGAUGAACGCCCCAAGAGGCGCGGUUAAUUAUAUUGCACAAUCCAAAGGCUAUGUAGCUGUUGGUCGAACAUAUGAGGAAUCGGCUGCAUAUGACGGAGGAGGGCUUGUCUUGUGGAAAGUCAAGGAUCAGAGGGCACGAGACCUUCCGGCGCACAUAACAGAGUCUCGUACCAGACGUAGUGACUGUGAUAUGCCAGAGCCAGGAAGGAGACAGCAUUCAAUUGUCACAUUAUCGUUUGACCCUACAAACCACUUGUCCUUGCUGUCUGCGGGGCAUGAUGGCACUAUUCAACACUGGUAUAUUGACGAAGAUGAAGAUACAGUUGAGUAUGUUGGAACCGCGCCAGUCAAGGAGCCAGGUUGUAUGGAAUUUCAUCCAGGAGGUGGCGUUGUAGCAUUUUCUUUCAGUCUCAAGCUUUUUGCCACCGGUGGAUUGUUGGAGAAAAAAUAUCAUUGGUACUUGAAAAAAAAGGGCCAAAACAUUGUCAAUGCCUCUUGGGGGGCAGGCCGUUCCCGUGAUAACGUUGUUUGUGGGGCACAAGCCGACGAUGGAAUUGACGGAAAACUCGUACUAAUUGAUGGUCAAGUUGGCCAGUGCCUUGUGUCCACAGACUCGGAGUCGUGUUGCACCGUUUCUGUGGAUCCUAUAGGUACCAGAACUGCCUUUACAGGAAGUGGAAGGGGCGGGAACCCCAAAAGGUUCGUUCUUCGACUUUACGACCCUCAGAGGAUGGGUUGGAAAAGGAUAGCUGAAAUUGGCAUCCCAUCAUCAAAAUCGGAGGUGGAUAGUGAAAUCAUCGACUCUGCUUGGUCUCCAGAUGGUAUACAGCUUGCUUGUUCGCGGGCGGACAAUUCUGUGAAUGUGCUAGAUACACGUUGGCUCGGUCAGAAAGGGUGUAUGCGAGUGUUCCGGCACGAUAUAGACCAGAGUCCUGUUACCAGUGCAGACUCAUUUGGUGUUCAAGGGGUUGUUUGGUUUGGGUCGGAAACCUUGGUUUCAGGUGGUGCAGAUCAUUGUGUGAGAGUAUGGGAUACGAGGCGGAGCGAGUCGGGUCGGGUAAUCGCAAGGUUAGGUGGAGGAAUCGGAUGUUUAAUAGGAAGUGAAGACCCACAGCUCUUUCCACUCAUUGCCGGCGACUUACUUGGAAAUGUCCACUACCUUCCAAAUCCCCAGCUCGUCCGAGAAACUUGA